CACACAAUCCAUCGUUGAUGGCUUUGUAACUUUUUUCAGUCAGGUAUAAUAUUAUGCAAAAACAUUUGGUAUCGCCAAACACAAUUUUUAACACACAAAAAAGAACCUGUAGACUUUUAAAACAAGCUGUUAGUUGUUCAUUAUAUGUCGAUCAGUUAACAUAUGAAUGCUUGGUAAAGUGCUUUCGAAAAUAAAUAAAUAAAAUUGUGAUCGAAAUAAAUAUACGUUUUUGUUGAUACGACAAUCGCAGAACAAUCGCAGAACAAUAGAACAAAAAAAAAAAAAAAAACUCUCGCAACGAUCUCAAAAACAAGUGUAAUUAAAUGUCGUCUGCGUGCGGUUAGAAAAUUCAAAAAUUUUGUGUAACGCAGACAAAUUUUCACUCAGUGUAAAAUCGGUGGAUUUGAUGCCUUUUAAUAUUUUUAAUGUGAUAAGUUCCAGUUAAUUAAUUUAAUCGUAAUUAAACACAAAAUUAUGACGGUAACAACAACAGCCGCAGUCACUGCGGAAAAGGUGAAGUCGAAGUAUCCCAAAUCCAUAGCAUUUAUAGUGAGCAAUGAGUUCUGCGAGCGUUUUAGCUUCUAUGGCAUGAAAACCAUUCUUGUGUUGUACCUGACUAGACGAUUGGGGUACGAUGAUGAUGGAGCUACAGUAUUAUAUCAUGUGUUUACGAGUUUAGUAUAUUUUUGUCCACUAUUCGGUGCAAUAAUUGCCGACAGUCUUUUGGGACGUUUCAAGACUAUUUUAUAUUUAUCGAUAGUGUAUGCAAUUGGUAGUAUCACUUUAGCUGUGGGCGCCAUACCACCGUUACACCUUCCUGCUAGUACGAUGACGGUAAUUGGCUUGAUGCUGAUCUCAAUCGGUACCGGUGGAAUCAAACCAUGCGUGGCGGCCUUCGGUGGAGAUCAAUUCAAAAUACCCGAACAAGCGAAAAUGUUGGCAACAUUUUUCUCCCUGUUUUACAUGUCAAUAAAUGCCGGCUCGCUGAUAUCGACAACGGUGACGCCCAUACUGCGAGAAGAUGUGCAUUGUUUUGGCGAAGAAGACUGCUUUUCGUUGGCAUUUGGUGUGCCGGGUGUUUUAAUGAUCACGUCGAUAAUCAUUUUUAUUGUCGGCCGAUCUUUCUAUAAAAUAGAAAAACCAACCGGCAACAUGUUCGUAGAGGUGUCGAAAUGCAUUGGAACCGCCAUCGUAACCAAAGUGAAAGCUACCAGCAACACCGUCAAGUCUCACUGGCUGGAUUAUGCUGAAUCAAAGUACAGUCCCGAUCUGAUCGAUGACGUCAAAUCGUUGAUGAAGAUUUUGGUACUCUACAUUCCGUUGCCAUUCUUCUGGGCACUACAAGAUCAACAGGGUUCGCGAUGGACAUUCCAGGCGACUCGAAUGAACGGCGAAGUGGGCGGAUUAUUUACAAUCAAACCCGAUCAGAUGCAGGUCAUCAAUCCACUUCUCAUCAUUUUAUUCAUUCCGCUGUGGGAUCUCUUCGUUUAUCCGAUGCUGUCUAAGAUUGGCAUCCGGAGACCGUUGCAGAAAUUGACGUUCGGCAUGAUAUUGGCUGGCCUAGCAUUUUCCAUUUCCGGAUUUGUGGAAUUGAAACUUGAGUCUGGCUAUCCCAUACUACCCCGAUCCGGUCAGACACAAAUACGAAUUUUCAACGGUCUAAAUUGUGCGUACGAUUUCCGAACUGAUCUACCCGACGACAAAUCGUUCAGAGUGGCGUCGAUGUCAUUGUUCGAAAGAAAAAUCAUUCAACUCGACGGAACAAGAACAACUUUUACGGUGAAUGGAACCACAGCAGGCAAUUGUGGUGACGUUCAAGGGACAUUCCGACUGGAAGAUGCUCAGGCUACGAGUUAUUUCUUAACGCAAAAAUUAGGAAAAACUCAACUGAUCUCGUAUGUAGAGUCACCGGACAAACCGAAAAAAGGUUUCCCAGUUAUACGAGUUCUUCUAACGUCAAACAACACCCGGGAAGUGACGCUGAAACACCUGAACAGGGACAUUGUUCGAUCGUUCUUUUCGAAUUCAACGGAAAUGAAAUCGCUCUUGGUCGGUGAAUAUGCAGUUUACAUCGACAAUGUUCUAGUUAGUGGACUCACUAUUGAACCGGGUGCAGCUUAUACUCUUGUUCUGCAGGAACAAUUUAAUGGUUCAUACACGUUCCAAAGCCAUGCCAUUGUACCGCCGAAUGACGUUCACAUCCUCUGGCAAAUACCUCAGUACAUAAUUGUGACGGCAGGUGAAAUCAUGUUCUCUGUGACGGGUCUGGAAUUCUCUUACACCCAAGCGCCCGAGUCCAUGAAAUCCGUACUACAAGCAUGUUGGUUGCUUGCCGUUGCGUUCGGUAACAUUAUAGUGGUGAUUGUGGCCGAAGUCAAUUUCUUUGAAUCGCAAGCAUCCGAAUUCUUUCUAUUUGCCGGAUGUAUGGCCCUGAAUGUGUUGCUGUUUGUUUGGCUAGCGAGUCGAUACAGAUAUCGGCAGGUGCAGGAGACAGACAACAGUAUGGUCAUGAGCAGUGGUUCAACGCCUAUGACCACAGCUGAUGGUCGUGAGGCAAACAAAACCGGGAUCGAAAACUAUGCCUACAAUACAGAUAUGUGAUAAAUGUCUCUCGUUCAUGGUGAUGAGUGUUGAAUGGGAGAAAAUGGUUUUAUAAAUCAGAAAGAAAGUCUCAGUGCGAAUGGUAUCUUCAGAUUGAUAGCGUUCGAAGUAUUGAACAUGUGUGUGGUGUGCAGACACUUCGGUUUGCAUUUUUUUGGUUGUAAAUACUUUUAUGAUCUAGAAUAAAUUUAGUUGUAAGAUGUUAAGUGUACGAUUUACGUCAUAAUGUCAUAAACGGUCGUCCCUUUUUUUAAAUAAAAUAUUUCUGUUCGAAA